AUGAGGAUUCUACUUUUUCUACAACUCUUCCUUCUUCUUCUUCUUGCUAGACCUUUGGGUAAGCUUUUUGGAGGAAAUUUCCAGAACAAAUAUUGUGUUUUUCAGUCAGUCAGACGGUUAUCACUUCCAUUCGUACUAUCAGGGAUUCUGUUGCUCAUUACGGUAGGGUUUUUCAUCGAAAAUUUUGCGAAAAAAAAAGAGAUUUGGAUGUUACAAUAGCGAUUUAUGUACAUAAUACCGUCUCAUUCCAGGUAGCACCUUCGACGAUUUCAUCUCGAAAAUGCGCGUGCUGGCCCGUUUGUCGAAUGGAAUCUCUCUGCAAAUCGGACUGUUCGAUGGCUCCGUUCCCCUCGAUGAGGUGCUUUUCGAAGUGCUCCGAAUGGGAAACGUCUCUUCGGUCGACCUUGUGGAGCUCAGGAAUCAGAUGGAACCGCCCAUGAACGCGCUGAAAAGACUGAGGAAUAUGAUAAUGGGGGACAAAAGGCUCGAGCACUUGGACGGAGCCAUUUGGCGUCUCAAUGAGGCCAAGAAUCCGAUGAGAUGGUUUGUGCUGAUGAUAAGGAACGAUUUACGUGGACUGGACAUGUUGGCCAAUGAGUUCAGAAACGACAGCGUACUAAGCGAACUGAAAUGGACUGUGUAUCGUUUAUCCACAGAAACAAUCAAAACCGACUGGUCAAGUGAUACAAAUUCAAAUGAGACUAACGAUGAGAGCAACAUACUGAAAUCGUUAUCCAAAUACUUAAUAGACUUGGAGUCUCAGUCUAUACAAUUCGAGCCUCGAGUCGCCAACGUGAUUGCAAUGAAAAACGUUGCGAAUCACCCGGCGUUCUUGUUUUUCAAUGAAACCAAGUACUGGGGAAUGCCCAAGAACGAAAUGAGAGAUUUUGAAGAGAGAAUUCCGAUCGAAAUAUUUGAAGAGUCUGAAAAAGUAAUCAUGGAGUUGAUAAACUCUUCCCUGCCUGCAUUCCAUCGGAUUGAACAAAUACUGGAAACGUGUGCGAAAAGGAUUCCGAUACAGUUGAAGCAUACAAUCGGACUUCCGAAUGGACAAGAAGACCUCGAGAAGUUCUAUGAGGACGCAGGUGAUAAGUGGCUGGGAAGUAUCUUUGAACUCACCGAGACAGCUAUCACCAAAUUGAGAAAAGCGUUGUUCUACAUGGAGAUCGAUUUCAAGAAACCUCUAAAGUCCUUGAAUAACUACUGGAACAACAUGAGCCGCCCCUUUUUGGACUCUGCCAGUCUGAUGCCUCCGAGAAUGGAUCAACAAGUGCUCGAUGCUCAGUUUCUGAAGGAGAAGUUUAAAAAGUUGGCAAUGUGCAUAAACUCUAACACACAGUUGUCAAUUGUGAUUGAUGAAAAAGCUCUUUCACCUAUAAAAGCUUUGAAGGAAGAACUUAACACACUGAGCACAUUCGAUUAUCUUCAAGAAGCAAGAGAUCACGUGACGACGCUCCAAAAAGUGAUGGGAUUCACAAACGAAACUCAGUUUAAUAUCUCCAACACACCAGAAUUUGUCAAGCGCCUGAAGAGCAGUCCUGAAGUUGAUACAGCACACAAUUUUUUUCGUAGCAUGUGGAGCGACCUUGAUAAACUUAAAAAUCUUGUCAAUGAGGUGCCGAUACGAAUCAAAACCAUAACCGACAAUUUCCCAAUAAUCGAAGAUUUCUAUAAAAAGCAAGCGCCAGUCAAAUCUUGUCUGGAAGUCCAACUCUCGGAAGACAAUUCGGUGACGAGGGAACUGGUCGGAAUGGUGCGGAGACUGAGUGCGUUCGGCGAGCAAAUCGGUACGUACGAAGAGGUUCUGAAGCACAUAUUCGGAAUGUCGGAUCGGAUGGAAGACGCCCGACACAUUCUGGAGACGGCGAGGGCGGCGAUGGACAGCGAGACGAGGGCGCUGAAGGAGGCGAUGCCGGACGCGCAGAGGGUCUCGUUCGACCUGGGACUGGCCGUGCAGGGACUGACUGCCAUCCGGACACUCAUGGACCGCCUCGGCGAAUUCGGUCCGUUGCUCGGCGAUCUGUCGUUUGUGAGGGAUGCGAAUGUGAAGGAUCAACUGGAGGGACUGAAGACGGCACUGACACGGAUCUACUCGGAUACUGUACAGUUUCUAGGGACUCUGGCUCCGAUGGAUGAAGCAGGAAUGUAUUCGAACGCGUUCGAAGCGGCCGCCAACAUUUCGAUCAUCGAUUUGAACGUGAAAAAGGUGAAGGAUGCCGUUGAGGACCGUUUGGGAUCUCAACCGGAACUCAGACCGAUCUUCGACGCUCUCAAAAAACUCCGGAAGAUGGACCUCAACUUUGCCAAGUACAGCUUUACAAAUGCAAUCUCUUCGCUGGAAUCUCUCGACGUCUUCUUUGCCAAAUUCUCAAAUUCAACAUCGGACGGGAAGGAGGAAACUACGAAGCGAACGCCCUUUCUGAAGCCGUUCUACAUGAUCGAGUCCAGUGAGCAACCGUUUCUCACCACUUUGUAAGUCAAUUGCAACUUCAAACGAGUAUUGUAGAGUUCUGAGACUUUCUUUUUGCUGUGAAAUCUACUACCUUUUUGUAGUUUAUGACUUUUUUGUUCGAGCUGUUUUAAAAGUACUUCAAACUAGUCCCAACUUUGAAGCGCUACAGUAGUUUUCGAAGUGAUCGUACAGAAAUGUCGUCAACUAGAAAAAGGUAGUACUAGACAUCAAGAUUUCAAAAAAAAAAAACACUUACCAGAUCCAUAGAAAGCCUUUGAACUCUACAAUCCUCGUUCAAAGUCCGCCACCAUCCGUACCCGUUUUCAGUGACAUAUUCGGUCUUCUCGUCCUCCUUCUUUUCCUUCUUCUCGCUCUUUUCCUCUUCGCCGAUUACAAAAUGAAGUUGUGGUUGUGGACGAUGGAUAAUAUCGACACCACUCUCGUCAUUUCCCUCUACAUUCUCGCUCUCUCGUUUUUCGGCGCCGUCUUUUCCAGCCUAAAGAUUUGA